AUGCCUUCACCAGCCCCCAUAUUCUCCUUCUCGUCCCCUUUCCGACCAACCGUCUCCUCGCCCCUGUCAUCAUCACCCAUCUGUGCACAAGCGUCCCAGUCCUCUCAGCUCUCCCCGCGCGAUCCGAACCGACGCGAUGUCCAAUCCUCGCCACUCCAGGCACCCAAAUUUAAAUACGCCGUGCGGACGGCGAAGCCGAAUCCGCUCAAGAAGACCCGUGACACUGCACAGGAGAGCAGAAGGAAGCUGUUUCUGAAUAAUGUGCGGCAGAGGCGCGAGGACAAGGAAUGGGACCGGAGGGGUGGCGAUCAGGAGCUCUUGAAGCUCGAAUGGGCGACCCAGGACCGCCGGCGGAGAGAGCAAAAAGACACCGACCUGGAUGGGAUAGUUUUUGAGGACGAGAUCGAUGAAGUCCCUACAAAUACAGAGCAGCCGCCACAAGAUUUGGACGAAGUCAUGGCCGACAGUAUUGCACAGCAAGAGGAGGCCGAAUUAGAGGCAAUGCUAUCAUCUUCACAGGCCCCGGCAAGGCCACAAUCGCCUUCUCUAUCUGACGAUGACGAUUACGACAGUCUGUUCAUGGACUAUCUUUCACAACAUCAAACCAAUCAAGAUCAAAGUAUUCUGCUUUCGGGGCAAAUGGAUAUGUCAUGA